AUGAUUUUCUGCAGGGGAGAUUCAAAAUCUCUUAAGGCUAUCUCUGAUCUCUUGAAGGACUAUGGAAAUUUCUCGGGCCAAUUUUGCAACUACUCCAAAUCUCUGAUCUAUGCUGGGGGAAUGACUCUUGCUAGGCAUUGCUAUUUGGCAGACAUCAUUGGAUUCACCAAGGCUUCUCCUCCCUUCAUUUAUCUUGGUUUCCCAAUAUUUAUUGGUAAACCUAAAGCCUACCACUUUCUCUCUAUUGUAGAUAACAUUAGGCUAAAGCUAGCAGCUUGGAAAGCAAAGACUCUCUCAAUGGCAGGAAGAGCUCAGCUGGUAAAAUUUGUCAUCCUCAGCAUGAUGGUUCAUUGCAUCUCAGACUAUAAUUGGUCUGGUAGUAUUAUCAAGAAGGUAAAGAGUUGGAUGAGGAAUUUCAUAUGGAGUGGGAGUAUAGAUAAGAAGAAACUUGUCACUAUGGCUUAG